GAUGUUCAUCCCAAGAAUUUGCUGGCUUUACGGUAAUUGUUUGGUUACAACUCUCUGAAAAUGUCGGCAUUACCUAUUAACGCGUAAAGGGAAAUCUCUGGUUUUUUCUCAUUAUGUGACUCCUAUCAAGCCAAGAUAACACAGGUAAUAAGGAUCCUUUUUAUAUGUGAGAAAUUCCCUUCACUCUUGUGUUUAUUUUUCUUUUUUCCCGAUAUUUUAAGAUCGUGUGACCGCAAGUUUGUUUUUCGCUUCUGACGUCGUAAAUGUCAUCGUAGCUUAAAGGAAAAAGGAGCUGUCACAAAAGCCAAAUCUUUGUUUGUGGGGGGCUUGGAAAUUUCCCCCAAAAAAUCUUCGCACAGAAAAAAUGCCCAGACUUCUUGCCACAAAAAUUCAAUGGCCCGAGGCUGUUCAGAUAGUCCAUGACAAGAGACCAUGAUCACCUCAUUUUCUCUUGUCCAUAAUUGAUAAGCCCACCUUCUUAGAAAACCAUCCGCGUUAAGGCCGCUAGGCCUCUUGUUAUUAUUAUUCUCCUUGUGCUGAAAAAGAAAUGUUCAUUAUGCCGGGAUUAUGCUCGAUGCUCCGAAAAAUUACCCCGGCAUGAUAAAUCUGUACCUCAAGCUCAACCCCACCCAACAUUCGGAAUAUUUUGGGACGCCUGCGAACGAGGCAGGGUCUUCAUUACAAUUUUGUUCCUGGGCCCUGUUAUUUGAGGGCCUGGAUAGGUUUUUUUUUUUUCAACUCUCGCGCGCCGAUUCAGGGGUCGACCUCGAUGAUUUUACCGUUCACCUGGAUUAAUUGGCCGAAGAAUUUAUUAAACGAGUUAAACUAUUCGGGUCGAUUCCAAGGUCGGAUCACGUCAACACAGAUUUGAAUGAUGAUAUUUUGACAUGAGUAUCUUUCCCGCCAGCUGAGACAAUGGAUUUGUCACAAAAGCAGCAUAGCAGUUUACCGAGUCCUAUAGUUCAGGCUUCUUUCCUUUCACGUUUGACAUUUUGGUGGCUGAAUGGAUUGUUUAGUAAAGGAUAUGACAGGCGUUUGGAACCUCAUGACAUGUACCAAGUACUUCAGGAAGACCUGGCAGAAAAGCUGGUAGCGGAUUUGGAGAGUGAGUGGUAUAAAGAAGUAGCAGCUGCAGCCUUCUCAGGUAGAAAACCAAGUUUGGGAAAAGCCAUCAUACGAUUUGCCUGGAUUGAGUUGAUUUUUGUUGGGUUGUUUGGCUUUCUUAAUGAAGCCAUCAGGACUGUCCAACCUAUCUUCCUGCUUUACCUGGUGUCAUAUUUCAUGCCUGGUUCCAGCAUUACAAAGCUAGAAGCUUACUUGUAUGCCAUGGGUGUGACCUUAUCAUCCAUGUUGUCUGUUGUCCUUCAUCAGCUGUACUUUUUUAAUGGUCACAGAACUGGAAUGCACUUAAGAAUAGCAACCACUGGCUGUGUCUAUAGAAAGGCUUUGAGACUUGGUCAAGGAGUAUACAGAUCUGUCACAACAGGUCACGUAGUCAACCUUAUAUCAGCAGAUACACAGAGUUUUGAUCGGAGUGUUACGUAUUUGCAUUUUGUGUGGAUUACUCCUGUUCAAAUGGUUGCCACUAUGUACUUGCUGUGGAUUCAGCUGGGUGUCUCCUGUUUUGUGCCUCUGGCACUUAUGAUUCUCAUGAUACUUUACCAGUCACGACUUGGAAGAGUUUUUGCUGUGCUAAGACUUAAAACAGCAAGACUAACUGAUGAAAGAUGCAAGAAUAUGAAUGAGAUUAUCUCAGGAAUGAGAAUUGUAAAGAUCUCCACAUGGGAAUUGCCAUUUAGCAAACUCAUCAAGAAAGUAAGAAGGCUUGAAAUUUCAAAGGUUAGGAAGACACAGUUUCUACGAGCAGUUAACAUGGCUAUGGAAUUUGCUUCACAAAAUAUCAUCAGCUGUAUAACCUUUACCACGUAUGUAGUGUUGGGUAACUCACUUACUGCUGCUAAAGUCUUCAGCUCCAUUGCCUUUUUGAAUGCUCUUCAGAGAUCAGUGACCAGACAUUUUCCUCCAGCAAUUCAGAAAUUGAAUGAAGCCACAAUAACAGUAAAGAGAAUUCAGGCAUUUAUGGAGUUGGAGGAGUUAAACUUUGAAAAGAUAUGUCAAAAGUCAAAUAAAUCAGGAAACCCUGGUGUGGUUGUCAAAGGUGUUACUAGCACAUGGCAUCAGGAAAGCAAUGACAAAGCUACUUUGCAAGAUGUUAGCUUUGAAGUGGGAAAGGGAGACCUGUGUAUGGUUGUUGGACCAGUUGGCUCUGGAAAGUCUUCGUUGUUGAUGACGAUGAUGGGUGAAUUGCGGAUUAUUGAAGGAAACUUGUUUAUCAAAGGAAGUAUUGGUUAUGUUCCACAACAAGCCUGGGUUUUCUCUGGAUCUGUGAAACAAAACAUUGUAUUUGGACAGGCAUUUGAGGAAGACAGAUAUGACAAGGUUAUGAGCGCUUGUUGCUUAGAACAGGAUGUUGAGUUACUUCCUGAAGGAGACUUGACACUUGUAGGUGAAAAGGGUGUGACACUCAGUGGUGGGCAAAAAGCAAGGCUCUGUCUGGCAAGGGCAGUUUAUUAUAAAGCAGAUAUUUAUAUCCUUGAUGACCCUCUUAGUGCCGUAGAUGUGCGAGUAGGAAGAAAACUUUUUGAUGCGUGUAUCAAUGGAAUUAUUCAAGAAUGUCCUAGAAUUCUCGUCACUCACCAACUUCAAUAUCUUCGCAAUGCUACGGAAAUUUUAUAUCUUGAAGAGGGGAAAAUUCGUAGUCGUGGAAGUUACACAGACCUUGCUAGUGAGGGAAUAGACCUGGUGUCUCUUCUGAGCGCGAGUAAUGAUGAUGAUGAUGAUAACGACAGUGCAAUUGAUGAUGAUUCAGAGCCAGUGCAACCCAUUAAAAUGCAGAAUGUUGUCUUGAGGAGGGGGAAUGGGACAAAAGGUGUGAAAGCAAUAAACCGAUGGAGUACUGCAUCAUCUAUCGAUAUAGAGGCAGACUUUGAGGUCAUGGCUAAUAAGGCAACGGAAAAGCCCCAAGUGGAGAGUGAAGAACGGCCAAGAGGAAACAUUCCCUACACUUUAUACCUGAGAUAUUUUAGAGCAGGAGGAAAUUGUGUAGCACUACUUUUGCUAUUGGUCCUCUGUGUUUGUGCUCAGGGAGCUUUUACGUUAAGUGACUGGUGGCUGUCACAGUGGUCAAACUCUCAAGGGCAAGACAUGUUUCUUUUCACAUUCGUACAAGCUGCUAUGGUUGAGUCCGUAUCUCACACAAGUGUGGAGGAGAUUUACAUGAUCAUCUACGGAGGCCUGGUGGCUGGCACACUUGUUCUGUCAUUCAUUCGAGUUCUUCUGUUCUUCCACGUGACUGUAAAGGCAUCCGAGAAACUUCACAGUCACAUGUUUGAUGCAGUCAUACGAGCACCUAUUUACUUCUUUGACACAAAUCCAAUAGGUCGGGUCCUGAACCGGUUUUCAAGUGAUACUGCAUACAUGGACAGUCUUAUUCCAGAAACAUUUUUUGAUUUCCUUCAGCUUGGUCUGUUAGUUGUCGCAGUGGUGGUUGUUAAUGUGAUGGUAAUGCCGUUCAUCUUGGUAGGACUGGUUCCGCUCACUCUUGUAUUCUAUUGUGUGAGGAACUACUACUUGAAGACUUCCAGAGAAAUUAAACGGCUCGAAGCCACAGCUCGAAGUCCAGUACUAUCACACUUGACAACAACAUUGGAAGGCCUGCCUUCAAUCCGUACUCACAAUUUACAGCAGUUAAUGAUGCAGGAGUUCAAUUUAUGUCAAGAUCAGCAUACCGAAACUUGGUUUCUAUUUAUCGCUACUUCAAGGUGGUUCGCUUAUCGCUUGGAUUUCCUUUGUACAUUGUUUGUGUUCAUGGCUUCAUUUACACCUCUCUUCAUAGCUGAACGAAGAGAGAUGGAUGCGGGCAUUGUUGGACUUUGUUUGAGUUAUGCUGUUCUGUUGACUGGUCAGUUUCAAUGGUGUGUCAGGCAAAGCGCAGAGGUUGAAAAUCAGAUGACGUCUGUGGAGAGAAUAGUGGCGUUGUGUCAUCUGGAAUCUGAAGGGGAGUGGCACGGGCAUGUGUCUGUUCCUGCUUCUUGGCCUCAACUUGGUCUUAUAACUGCUGAGGGAGUGUCAUUCAAGUAUCACGCUACCCUCCCACGGGUUCUCAAGAACAUGAACUUUUGCAUUAGAGCACAGGAAAAGGUUGGCAUCGUUGGCCGUACUGGUGCUGGAAAGUCGUCUUUAUUAUCAGCUCUUCUGAGGCUUGCUGAAUCAAAUGGUACUAUAAGAAUUGAUGGCAUUGAUAUUGCAGAGCUUGGCCUGCAUGACUUGAGGUCUAAAUUGUCAGUUAUUCCACAGGACCCAGUCCUUUUCAGUGGUUCACUCAGGAAGAACUUGGAUCCGUUUAACGAGUAUUGUGAUGAGGAUUUAUGGCUUGCACUGCACGAGGUUCAGUUAAGGGACACGAUAUGCAGCUUAAAUGGUGGCUUAGAUGCUCUGUUAACGGAGUCAGGGUCUAACUUAAGUGUCGGUCAGCGCCAGUUGGUAUGUCUAGCACGAGCUAUUCUACGAGGUAACAAGAUACUUGUCAUGGAUGAAGCCACUGCCAAUGUAGAUCAUAGAACUGAUGCCUUGAUUCAGGGAACGAUAAGAAGGAAAUUCAAGAAUUGUACCGUUCUUACAAUUGCUCACAGACUGAACAACAUCAUGGAUUGUGACCGUGUUAUGGUGCUCGACAAUGGACGGCUAAAGGAAUUUGAAGAGCCUCACUUGCUGUUGCAUAACAGAUUCAGUUAUUUUUACCGCCUUGUAGAGCAGACUGGCGCCAUAACGGCUGCAGAGUUAGCACAGGCUGCCAGACAAGCUUUUUUACAGAGACAUCAACCACAGACUCACCACUCAAUCCCAGAUGCCGUCAGAAGUCACUUGUCGUCUUAUAUACCAGCCUGUGGCUUCACUGAUUUACAACUUGUUUCCAAUGUUUAAAUUUCCUUGUGGAGUGAACAACCUUAUCAAAUUUAUUUUACAUGACAAAUUUUAUUAUUAACACGCACUGUGUACCACUGACCACUCACUGCUCAUUUCUAGUAAUCAUUAUUAUUCAUACCAAAAAAUGAGAUGAUUCUUCUUAUCUUUUUUUCUAUUACAAAUUCUCGUUGGAUUUAAUGUGAAUACGAGGCAGUUGUUGACUGUGCGUUAUUUUAUCGCUUCGUACCAGUUCUUAGUUUUAUAUACAGAGUGCAUUCUUGUAGCUAAAACAUGGUGGGCAAGAAACAGCUACACAUUUCAACACCAUUAGGACUAUAAGAAAAUAUAUUUAUAAAACAGUGUUAUCUAACUGUCAAUCUAUUUAGCACUGUUGGCUGCUGGGUCACAGAAAUUAUAAUAAAAUGAAUAUCUCCUAGUAACAAGAUGAAAUACUAUUUGGAAAGCUCCAAAUCACUAAGUGAACAGUUUGUGUAAUGGUCAUUCCAGUGUAGUACAGCCAAUUGUGUUUAGACAUGUUUGCAUUUUCCUUGUGAGAGGCUGUUUUGAUCAUUUUGUUAGACUUGCAGUGGAAUCAUUCGUGAAACAGUGUGCACUUCGUUUUUAACCUUGAAAAUAUGUUAUUUAUAUUAUUAAGUGAGGCACUCUUUAUACCAGUGGUUGGGCUUAAUGAAGUAUUAUAUCAAAAUAAAUGGAGUAUCUAGCAAUAUAUAUUUUACAAAUAAGUGACAGUCGGUGGGAAUAACUGCUAAUUUUGGCCCAUCGCCGAGUACGUUAAAAAGCAGCGGGCCGAUAAAUAGUGGUAGUCCUGUGCUUUUUCUCAUGUUUGAGGUACAGGCGUGGGACUGAAACUAGCAGCUUGGGUUCUCACGUCAGUUUGUUACUUGAGGACGCGGUCAAGGAGGUCGGGAUUGACGGUUAAAAUGACAAUUGUUUCCCAGACGAAAAACAGAGAAGUGUGUAAAACAACGUUAUUUUGUAAUAAAAAUAUCUACAUCUCA